AUGAUGGGAGCGGCACGUGUGAAACGCCGCUUCAGUGCUGUGGUGGAUGGGCCAGUGGAAGAGGAGGAGAUAAUGAGGCUGGCACAGAGUGCUGCAGACACGGCUAGAGCAGGGGGGAGUCCAACCGGGUCAGGAACCCCAACCAGCCCCUCCCCUACCCAUGGCCUGAACGGCAAAGCUCUACCUCUCCAGAGCAACACCAACAACACCCAGAGGCAGAGUGCCAUUGGAGUUGGGGGAGAAGCAGGAGAAGGCGGGAUGAGAGCUGGAGGAAUGUGCUCAGGCCUAAGGAGUGGAAGAGUCAGUAGUGUAGGAGGAAGAGGCCGUUCAUCCUCAAACCAGGAUUCACUCUCUUCCCUCUCCACUAUCAACCGCCGACGCACCAGGCGCUCAAGCCGCCGGCCCCGACAACGCUUUGUUGGCAAGGACGGACGCUGCAACGUCACCUUCGUCAACAUGAGCGAGAGGGGCCAGCGCUACCUUAACGACCUCUUCACCACCUGUGUGGACAUCCGCUGGCGCUGGAUGCUGGUCAUCUUCACCCUCUCCUUCCUUCUCUCCUGGCUGCUCUUUGGAUUUGCCUUCUGGCUGAUUGCCACUGUGCAUGGGGACCUCUCCAUUCGGCUUACCUCCAGCUCAGGUUCCCCUCCGGGAUCAGGAGAGGCCGGGUCUGGAGGAGAGUCUGAUAGAGAGGCAAUGGUUGAGGAGCCGUGCUUCCUGCAAGUGAACAGCUUCAUGGCGGCCUUUUUAUUCUCCUUAGAGACUCAGACAUCCAUCGGUUAUGGCUUCAGGAGCGUGACCGAAGAAUGUCCCCUGGCGGUGAUGGCGGUCGUUUUGCAGUGCAUUGUGGGCUGCAUCAUUGACGCCUUCAUCAUCGGGGCAGUUAUGGCAAAAAUUGCCAAGCCCAAGAAGCGCAACGAGACACUGGUGUUCUCUCACCACGCUGUGGUGGCACUGAGGGACGGAAAACUCUGCAUGAUGUGGAGGGUCGGAAACCUACGCAAGAGCCACCUGGUAGAGGCACAUGUUCGAGCACAACUACUGAAGCCAAGGGUGACGGAAGAGGGAGAGUUCCUCCCAUUGGACAAUAUGGACAUCAACGUGGGUUUUGACACUGGCAUCGACCGCAUCUUCUUGGUCUCGCCAGUGACAGUUGUCCACGAGAUCAACGACGAGUCACCCUUCUUUGAGAUUGACCGAAAGACCCUGGAGAAUGACUCUGAAUUGGAGGUUGUGGUCAUACUCGAGGGCAUGGUGGAGGCCACAGCCAUGACCACACAGUGCCGUAGCUCCUAUCUGGCUUCUGAAAUACUCUGGGGACACAGAUUCGAACCAGUGCUAUUUGAAAGGAAAGACUGCUACCAGGUGGACUACUCAUUCUUCCAUCGGACACAUGAAAUCCCAAACACACCUUCAUGCAGUGCUAAAGAGCUGGCCGAGCAGAAGUACAUUCAAAGCUCACGCUCAUCGUUCUGCUAUGAGAACGAAGUCGCUCUGCAGCUCGUCUCCCCUGAGGAUGAGCCCGGCCAGGACCCGGAGUGUCCCUCCCCAACGACCCGAAGCCGAGGCAGACCAAGUGGGACAGGAUUAAAAGUGGAUAGGGCCAGUGUCACGAUAAAGGAUAGGAAGCAAUAUUGUUUACAGUGA